AGGGGCGCAGGUCGGGGUCGCCGUACCGGGCAUGUGGCAGCCAAUGGGAGCCUGGUUCCUUGCUCCGUGGAGGUGUGGGUCGGCUAGGGUGGUUGCGAAAGAUGAGAGCUUCCCAACCGCGGAGAGCCCCGGCAGUAGCCAUCGCGGGGAGGGCUGGCGGUGCUCCGGAGCCUCCUCCGGGGCCAGGAAGAUGCUGCAGUGCCUGACUUCGGAAAGUGAGGAAGGGGCCGAAGAGAGGGAGGAGAGUUCUGCAGAAGACCUAGAAGAGCUAGAAGAAUUUGUCACCCUGGCUUUUGUGAAAGAGAACACACAAAAGAAGCUUCAGAACACCCCGCAGCAUGGCAAGAAGAAGAGGAAGAAAAAAAGAUUGGUGAUUAAUCUAUCCAACUGCCGCUACGACAGUGUGCGCAGGGCGGCCCAGCAGUAUGGCCUUCGAGAGGCGGGAGACAAUGAUGACUGGACUCUCUACUGGACGGACUUCUCAGUGUCGCUGGAGCGAGUGAUGGAAAUGAAGAGUUACCAGAAAAUCAAUCAUUUUCCUGGGAUGAGUGAGAUCUGCCGCAAAGACUUGCUGGCCCGGAAUAUGAGCCGGAUGCUAAAGCUGUUUCCUAAGGACUUCCAUUUUUUCCCUAGGACGUGGUGUCUUCCUGCUGACUGGGGAGAUUUGCAGACUUACAGCAGGUCAAGAAAAAAUAAGACGUACAUUUGUAAGCCGGACUCAGGCUGCCAAGGGAAAGGCAUAUUCAUCACCCGGACCGUGAAAGACAUCAAGCCGGGGGAGGAUAUGAUCUGUCAGCUUUAUAUUUCCAAGCCCUUUAUCAUUGACGGGUUCAAGUUUGACCUGCGGGUUUACGUGCUGGUGACCUCCUGUGACCCUCUCCGGGUCUUUGUGUACAAUGAAGGCCUGGCUCGCUUCGCCACCACCUCCUACUCCCACCCCUGCACAGAAAACCUGGAUGAGAUCUGCAUGCACCUAACUAAUUAUUCCAUCAAUAAGCACAGUUCCAACUUCAUUCAAGAUGCUCAUUCUGGCAGCAAGAGGAAACUCUCCACCUUCAACUCGUACAUGACGCUGCAUGGCUAUGACGUGGAGCAGAUUUGGAGGGCCAUUGAGGACGUCAUCAUCAAGACGCUCAUCUCGGCUCACCCGGUCAUUAAACAUAACUACCACACCUGCUUCCCCAGCCACACGCUCAUCAGCGCCUGCUUUGAAAUUCUCGGUUUUGACAUCUUGUUGGACCGCAAACUCAAGCCCUGGCUGCUCGAGGUCAACCAUUCUCCAAGCUUCUCCACUGACUCCAAGUUGGAUAAAGAGGUGAAAGACAGUCUGCUCUACGACGCCUUGGUCCUCAUCAACCUGGGGAGCUGUGACAAAAAGAAAGUCUUGGAGGAGGAGAGGCAGCGGGGGCGGUUCUUACAGCAGUGUCCUUCUCGGGAGAUGAGGAUGGAAGAGGUCAAGGGUUUCCAGGCAGCGCGGUUACAGAAAACAGAGGAAUAUGAGAAGAAACACAGUGGUGGGUUCCGGCUCAUCUACCCUGGUCUGAAUUUGGAGAAGUAUGAGAAGUUUUUCCAGGACAAUAGCUCCCUCUUCCAGAAUACGAUUGCUUCCAGAGCCCGAGAGCUGUAUGCCCGGCAACUGAUCCAGGAGCUGAGGCAAAAACAGGAAAAGAAAACGUUCCUAAAGAAAGAGAAGAGGGCAGAGAUGCAGGGCGAGUCUCCGGGUGAGCAGGCAAGAGACAAGACUGUGAAACCCUGGCAACAGACACAGCAACCGAAAUGCAAGACAGCCACCCAUCCAAAACAAUGCUAUCACCCAGUGACUUUAGUAUCCUGCACGCCUGGCUUGUUCUUGAACAUCAGAGGCAUAAGGAAAAACGACACUGCCGACAGCCUCCCUCAGAAGGGCUCCAAGAAGGAGGCCAGCCUCGCCCCCUGCAAGCCCGUGUCCGCAAGGCACUACAGUUCUGUCCCUGACCUGAGGAGUUCAAAUCCCAACUGCCUGGGGACAGAGUUCCGCAAGUCCAAUUCCAAAGUCAAGGAAGUGAAGUCAGCCUUUGCGAUGAACGUCAUCAGCAACACCGCCGCGGUUGCUGUUCAUUCUCACGGUUCUAGAAACUCAAGUGUGGGCGGGGCCAGGUUCCGUCUGAAGUUUCCGGAGAAAGGAAGUUCAUCACUUCCUGAUGGCUGCUGGCAAGCCUUGCCCUUAACAUCUGUAGAAACGUCCCCAGAACCUACAUCCCGGCUCUCCACCUCUCUCGAAUCCCUGGCAAGCCUGAGCCUAACCAGCAGCCCUGACUGCAGCAGCCCUGAGAGUGUCCAGAUGCUCUAUAAGUACAAGCAGCAGCAGAUCUUCCACAAGCUGACCCAGGAGAAAAGAUCCAAACUUCCCACGUCUUCCAAACCCAAGAGUUUGGACCAGAAGUGGACCUUGCUAAAGAAUGAAGUGAGGAGGCAGCAUCUGAUGUCAGAGAUCAUGCAGAAGGUUCAGAUGAAGAAGAAACGCUACUUGUUUCCGGCUCCCAAGUCACAAAACCCGUCCUUGUCCAAGGACUGCUGCCUCCACAGCCACGGCUUCGGCAGGAAGAAAGAGAUGGAUGUCUCCUCCGUCCUCCUCCUGCAGGGUUCUCACGGCCAUACUGAACCUCUGAAUGACCUUCUGGUAGUUGCCACUCAGGCCCGUCUGGACCCUCGGCCUAGCAGAAACCAUUCUAUUCCUACAAGGGACCCAGAUACUACAAGGGACCCGGGUACUACAAGGGACCCGAAGCACACUGCCAUUGCCUGAUCUCUGGUCAGAAGGAUGUGAGAGCUCAGUGUCUCCAACGUCUACAGAGUGGAUUGGAAGCUUCAUUUCCUCAUCUAGAAAUUCUGGUCUGAUAACUACGUCUCACUGGCACCUUUGAGGACAGAGGCCUUCCGUGCCGUCCCCGUCAGUACAGUGCUGCAGGAAUAUGGGACCAGGACUUCUAGGGACCCAGUGCUGCCCCCUCAGACAGUUGUCUCAGCUGUGAUGCUUCUCUGACUCCCUCACAGGAUGGCCAUUGUCAUCCAGAACACUCACCCAGGAUAAGCAACUUGAGGUAGGAGUGAGGGGAGGACUCCUGAUUUCCAGGGGUCCAGAGCCUCAUUCCACCUGCUGGCCUGUGUUCCUCCGCCCUUCUCUCUAAAGAAAGAGGAGGCAGAGUUGGGACUAAGCGUGGUGGCAUUCUGAGUCUUGACACCUCCGUUCCCAGACUGCCUCCUGCUGCUAUCCCCCUCAGUCUUGCUGGCAAAGACAGGUAAUAUGAAAGUACGUAGCCUGCAGGUGUUCUUCCAUUGCCCUGCAGAAAUUAUAUGUCUUCCCUCAUGUGUACAUUAAUAAAAUAAUUGCCAUGCUCAA